UAGGCUAUGUUAUAUGAGAGAGAUCAUACAGCCUAUGUUAUUUGGGAGAACUGACCUUUAUAAAAUAUAUUUAUUUAGUCCGUGGUGGUUUCUGCCAGUUCACAGUGACUGACCUGGAAGAUAAACGUGUUUGACCAUUAACUUUAGUGUUAAUGUUUGAGCCCCGCGGAAGACCGAGACACACGGAGACACCGCUGCCUUCAGCCCGGACCGAGCGCUCUGUCUACCGCACAGCUGGUAACCACCUCCACGCUGUUUUUAGAACCAUAAAACACAAGUUGUGCAUGAUUAAACUCUGCAGCUGAACUCGGCGGACUGGACCGACCAUGGAGAUUUCAUUUGUAGGGAAACGAGCUCUAGUCACCGGAGCAGGAAAAGGGAUCGGCCGGGCCACGGCUCUGGCUCUGGCACGCUGCGGGGCAAAGGUCACAGCGCUCACACGCACGCAGGAUGACCUCAACAGUCUGGUGCAAGAGUGUGCGUCCAUCACCCCGGUGUGUGUGGACCUGGCGGACUGGGGGGCCACGGAGGCGGCCCUGCAGGAUGUCGGCCCCAUCGAUCUGCUGGUGAAUAACGCUGCCUGUGCCAAUUUGCAGCCAUUUCUGGAUGUUACACCCGACCAGUUUGAACAGUCAUUUAAUGUGAACGUGAAAGCUGUGCUGCAUGUCUCCCAGAUAGUGGCUCGUGGUAUGAAGGCCAGGCGAUCAGGAGGCUCCAUCGUGAACGUGUCCAGCCAGGCCUCACAGUGUGCCCUCAGAGACCACACUGUCUACUGUGCCACUAAAGCAGCCCUGGACAUGCUGACUAAAGUGAUGGCUCUCGAGCUGGGACCCCACCAGAUCCGUGUGAACAGUGUGAACCCCACAGUGGUGAUGACUGAGAUGGGUCGUCUGGGCUGGAGUGACCCUGAAAAAGCCAAGACCAUGACGUCCCGCAUCCCUCUAGGCCGCUUCGCAGAGGUGGAGGACGUUGUGAACAGUAUCCUGUUCCUGCUGAGUGAUAAGAGCAACAUGACUAAUGGAGUCACUCUGCCGGUGGACGGAGGCUUCCUGGCCUGCUGACCAACACCAGCCUCGUCUCAGCACACGUCCCCCAUCUGAUGGGGGAAAAGAACAAAUACUUCCUGUCUUAUCACCUCACUGCAUUAUACAAAUAGAGGCCAAUGCUAUUCAGUAAUUAAACUCAGCCACUGCACAACCAA